ACAGUCGCUCAACAAGCACAUCAGUCUCAUUGCGUGAUUCAACAUCAAAGAGUGAAUCGACUUCAACAGUUGCUAGCGAUUUAGCAUCAAAUUCAGCAAGUUUGAGCACCAAAAAUUCAACUAGUACGACAAUCACUAGUGAAAAUGUAUCAACUUCUGAAUACAGUGAAUUAAAUUCUACGAAAUCAAGUGAAAGCUUGUCCACAUCAAGUUCACAGGCAAACGAAAGUCAGUCUCUUUCAACGAUAGCUAGUGAUGAAAUAUCAGCAAGUGACAGUUUGAGUACAGCAGAAUCAACAAGCGCAGUAAUAGUGAGUGAGCAUAAUGCCACUAGUGUUAAGUUAUCAGAUGCCACGUCAUUAAGCGACAGUACGGCAAUUGUCAACCAAAGUGACUCAACAAGCGUUCGCGUCAUGCCGUCUGAAGAGACAUCAAUGAGUGAGUCAAAAUCGCAAUCAGUAAGCGAAUUUACGAGUGAGUUUGAUUCGACGUUGACUAGUCUACAUCAGUCAGAAGUAUCAAGUGAACGUCAGUCAAAAUCACAAGUAGAUGACGCAACUGACAAUAUUGUCGUUAAAAGUCAAGCAACCGAUCGUGUCCAAACACUUGAAUCGACAACUGGUUCGAAUAUGACAGCAAAGUUGACUACUACGGCGCCAACAAUUAGUGCCGAAAAAGUAACUAGCACGAAUAGCUUGAGUGUACCCAGUCAGGCAACAGUUCUGAAAGGUCUGUUACCAGAAAAUCCGAAAAUUAUUACGGCACGUCGUAUUUUGAUUGGACAAUAUGAAACGGGUGACAAAUUCAACAUUAGGUUAAUCUUAGAGAUUUUAACGCCACUGAUCUUAAUUUCGGGCUUCUUAUUGGCAGCAAAACGUCGUAAAAAAGAAGAAGAUGCAGAAACAAAGUAA